UGUCUAUGGUUUUAUAAUGCUCGCUCGCUCGCGAAAAAGGACGCCGCAAGACUUGUAUUGUAUUAAAAGAUAUAAUUUAAUACGUAUUUGUUACAAGAAAAGAGUUUAAAAUGGCUCGGAAUAAGUCGCCUACUGCGACAUCGGAUAAGGAUAAAAAGAAGCCAAAGGAGGCAAAAAAGAAGAAAGGAGACUCGGGAUCAAGUAGUAGCGAUACCAGUGGCAGCUCAUCGGAGAGUAGUUCCUCGCGGUCUUCGUCGCGCUCGUCAUCAAGCAGCUCAGGCAGCUCGUCGCGCUCGUCGUCGUCGUCCAGCUCAUCGAGUUCCAGCAGCAGCAACAACGAUCGCUCCAGGUUGAAGAAGAAGCUAUCUCCACACAAAAGUCCACUCAAGGAUCGCCGCGGGGAACCUGACAAGGACAGGGAAAAGCUAAGGGAUCGCUCACCAUUGAAUGACAAAAAGAAAAUAUCAGCACCAUCUAAUGAUGCCAAGAGCAAGGACAAACAUGAAAGGUCUCCGGGCAGAAAGAAACGUGAACGCUCACCGCCACCACGCCCUACACGUAUACACAUUGGUCGUUUGACGCUAAAUGUAACAAGAGACCAUAUACAUGAAAUAUUCUCAACUUACGGCACAGUGAAAACUGUGGAGUUCCCUAUGGACAGACUGCAUCCACAUAAUGGACGUGGACAUGCAUAUGUGGAGUUCACUAAUCCGGAUGAAGCAGAAAAUGCCAUGAAGCACAUGGAUGGAGGUCAAAUCGACGGGCAGGAGAUCACGGCGGCGCCCGUGCUGGUGCCGUCGCGGCCGCGCCGGCCGUCGCCGCGCCCGCCGCCGCCGCGACACGCGCCGCCUCGUCGCCACUCGCCGCCACGGUACCGGCGGCGCAGCCCGCCGCCGCGCCGCCGCUCGCCGCCGCGCCGCCGCCGCUCGCGCUCGCGCUCCCCGCGCGCCGCGCCGCGCCGCCGCAGGUCCAGGUCCUCCUCCUCCUCUUCCCGCUAAGCCCCGCCGCACACGCUACACUACACCUCACGCACUCACGCACACACACAUACACGUUACACGUUCCAGCCCCCGCCGCACACGCUACACACUACACCUCACGCACUCACGCUCACACACAUACACGUUACACGUUCCGGAAACCACGGGAGGUAAGUAUGACCGACCCCCGUUUCCUAAACUUAGUACUUAGCGCUUUGGCCAGGUGAGUAUACUUUUGUAGAGGAUGAUGACUGCGCAAUGAAAUCGAAAUUCUAUUUAGUCCGUCGGACAGAUAAUAAAAAAAUAUUGGACACGUAUUUUUU